AUGCGUCACCACCCUGAAACCAACCCUUAUUUUUACUCGCAACAACAUUCUCAGUUGCCAGCACCAACACCAACACCACAGCAUGAGUCACCACAACAUCAAGAGCCACACCCACAAGCCGAACCAUCAGGGAUGACACCGCCACAGAGUCAAGACCAAAUUCAUCCAACCACCCCAUGGAUCUGGCCACCAACUCAACGACCAACAAUCCCGCCACCAAAGGCUGAACCACUGGGUCAAUGGGGGGCAUUGGUACCACAGGGUACUGAUGGUAGUGCACCAAAGACACAAUCAACCCAUUCACAGGCGCAGGAACUUGCACCACACUCUCCACCCCGACAUACUGGUUCACAGGCUACACAACCACCAAAGCAUCAACGGCACAGGCGCCAACAAAGUCCACAGGAGCAACAAGCACACCAACGCUCUUAUUUCGGUCUAGCACCUCGUCGAACCAAACUACACACAUGGUUUCUUGCAGGCUUUUGUGCAAUCUUUUGGCUUGUCAUUAUUCUAGGAGGCUUAAUUGUCUUAAUAGUCUAUCUUGUGUUUCGCCCACAUAGCCCAAGUUUCGAAGUGUCCAGUGUCACCUUAAAUGCAGCAUAUCUAGACGUGGACGUUUUGCUCAAUGCUGAUCUCACUGUGCUCGCUAAGUUCAUAAAUCCUAACAGGAAAGUAAGGGUGGACUUCAGUUACGUAGUCCUUGAUCUUUACUAUGGAAACACCCUGAUUGCGUCUCAAUAUAUUGAACCUUUCAGAGCAGAAAGGCGUCAGAUAAGGCUUGCCAAUGUUCAUAUGGUAGCGAGUCAGGUUCAGCUGACCUCGGAUGAAACCGAACGGCUUAAGAGAGAAAUAGAGAGAAAUAAAAUUGAAUUUCAAGUUAAGGGAGUGUUUCGGGCACGAUCGAAUCUGGGAAGUUUCCUGCGCUACUCGUAUAGACUGUAUGGACAUUGCGCAAUUGAGGUGACUGAUCCUCCUGGUGGAGUCUUAAGAGCUGUCAAAUGCAAAACUAAACGUUGAGAAGGAUACUAUUUUGGAAUUACAAAUUCUUUACUUGUUUUACACUCAUACGUGUAUGAAUUCAGAAUUAAUUUAUCAGUCUUUUGAGAGUAGAUGUUCCGA